GGACCUUGAUCGGAUAAAUAUCCCGCAGCAGUCAACAGUCACUCACAAUCUCGAGGGACCAGACAGAUUGCAGGUCCAACAUGGCCUCAUUCAUGCAUGCGUCUGUCUCCAUCCUGCUGCUGUCCACAUUAACCUCAGCGCAAAUGAGAGGGGACUAUUCACCAACGCAAGACAUUUGUAACCCAAACGAUGGGUUUGGGAUAUACUGCCCAACCACAUGUGGAGUUGCUGAUUACCUACAGAGGUACGUGCCUGAUAUGGACAGAGAGCUGGAUCAAAUGGAGCAGGAUUUGGAGGCUAUCGCCAACAUUACAAGAGGAGCGCAGGACAAAGUGGUGUACCUGAAGGACUCAGAAACACAAGCACAAAAACAAGCACCAGAUGCAUACAUCAAAAAAUCUACAAGCAUGCUCGAUGAUAUACUGCGAUUUGAGAAGAGCAUUCUCGCUCAGGAAGAUCAAAUAUAUCAGCUGCAGUCAAUCCUACAGGCUAACGAGAAAAGAAUAACCGAUUUAAAGCAGAUGUCCCAGCAGCUGGACCAGAUGUGCAAAGAGCCCUGCAAAGACACUGUGGAGAUUCAGACUGUCACAGGCAAAGAUUGUCAGGACAUUGCAAACAAGGGUGCUAAGGUCAGUGGGCUUUACUACGUGAAACCAGCCAGGGCUCCAGAGGCAUUCUUGGUCUACUGUGAGAUAGAUAGCUUUGGACGUGGAUGGACUGUCCUUCAGAGGAGACGGGAUGGCAGCGUCGACUUCAACAAAAAAUGGAUUCAGUAUAAGGAAGGCUUUGGGUAUCUCUCACCAGAUGACAGAACGGAGUUCUGGCUGGGGAAUGAGAAGAUGCAUCUGCUGUCUGUUCAGUCCAGCGUGCCUUAUGUGCUGAGGAUAGAGAUGGUCGAUUGGGAAGGCAACAAAAAGUAUGCCGACUACGCCACUUUCAAAGUCGGACCAGAAGUCGAUGCAUACCGCUUGACGUAUGCGUAUUACCUUGGUGGAGAUGCCGGCGAUGCCUUUGAUGGGCACGACUUUGGCGAUGAUCCCAGUGACAAAUUCUACACGUCUCACAAUGGCAUGCAGUUCAGUACACCUGACAAAGACAACGACAAGUUCCAUGAAAACUGUGCCUUGCAGGAAGGCUCCGGCUGGUGGAUGAACCGCUGCCAUGCCGCUCAUCUCAACGGAAAAUACUACCAGGGUGGCAAGUACACAGAGAAGGACUCGCAGAAUGGAUAUGACAAUGGCAUUAUUUGGGCCACGUGGCAAAGUCGCUGGUAUUCUCUGAAGGAGACCACCAUGAAGAUCAUUCCCAUCAACAGAAUCGUUGCUGGAGGCCAGGAAAGUGGUUCCAAGCAGUUUGGGGGCCUGGGAGACAUUUAAAGACCUCACCAAAGCUGUUCUGAGCUAUGAUUUUGUUUUUGUGAAACACAUGAGCAAGGCAUUUUUACGAGAGUGUAAACAUCCGUCUGUCCGUUUCUGGCGUUUUCCAUUCUAGACAUAUUAAUUCUGAAAAAGCUUCAUACACAAGUCACACUUUGGUAAUUUUUUACAACUUGAUCAACUCAUAUAAACAGCAGCAGCUGGUCUAACACAUCGCACUCUCAACGAAUGAAUAAAAUCCUCUGUCUUUUGUAAAUGAAAA